AUGUCGUUCAUUACUCUCCCUCCUACGUUCCCCCUCGUCGGCCUUCCCCUCGCCGCCACCUUUGCUCUCAACAUGUAUCAGAUCCUCUCUGCUUCCGCCUUGCGCAAAAUCGCAGGCGUCAAGUACCCUGCCGUAUACGCGCCGGACGCGGAAGCCGCUGUCGACCCCAAGAAGAUGAAAUUCAACUGCGCCCAAAGAGCUCAUGCCAACACUCUUGAAUUCACCCCCUUCGUCCUCGCUCUCUUUGGUUACCUAAGUGUCUUCCAUCCCAUAGUCGCAUCUAUUGGACAGACGCUGUGGGUGAUCGGUCGUAUUGGAUACACUCGCGGCUACCAUACUGGAACCCCAGGCAAUCGCAUCAACCUCGUCAAUAGACUCUCUUGGACAGGGAUAGCUGUCUUGUUCUUCGGGACACUUGCUGUCUCUAUCCAGCAGACCUACUAUCUAUUGUUUUAG